AUGGCAGCCCAACACACUUCCUCUACGGGCUCAAUGCAGGGUCAUCAACCGGAUCAUAUCCCACUUGAGCCAAUCGACGCUACACCUAACGACUAUGAGUCUCUCUCGAGCGGCUCAUCGGACGGGAUGAGCACCCGACCGCGGGCCUUCCUAAUCCAUCUCUUCCGCCCACAUGUCCGCGACUACGAGUCCAUGAACCUUGUGCUUGACCAUCUCGGCACCUUCUGCGACAACGCCCUCCUCGAAAUCCGGCUUAACCAGAGCCAAGACCUCAAUCUCACUCCGCUCCAAAUGUUCCAUCACGCUUACGCUCGAACCACGAACCUGUGGCCUCUCGACGAACGCGUGAAUCCAGAUUUGCGCGAGGCAAUGCGCAAGUUCGACUGGCCGGCGCUCUGGAAUGCGACGAUGGAGGAGCGGCUGCGCAUCCGACAAUACCAGAACGACCUUGGGAUGUAUGGCAGCUGCCGACGUUCUGGGUCGCAGCGGUGGAUCAUCAUCUGCGCCGCGUACGCCGAUCUCAACGAGUAUGCGUUUGGGCUGGAUAUCCUGCGCUACCUAGAACCUCUUCCGACGAUGCAGGCAUAUCACUCCGACUUCAACAACUUUGCAGUCGUCCCGCGCGACAUCAGCGGGGAGGAUAUGCAUUGGUUCAGUCGUUCUUUCUUCCCUCACUGGGAUCAAGCCUUUCAGCUACUAAAAGCGCGGCAUCCCCAUCGAUACCAAGAGGACGCACGGCACAUCCUGCACGCCUUUGUGCGGCAGGGCGUGAAUGUCGUCGAUGUCUUUCUCAAGUACUGGUAUCAGGGGAGCGAGGAUGGACUUGAUGAUGACUUUGGGAGCGCAUGCGAACGCGCUGGACGAUGCGCCGUUGACCGCCAGUGGAAAGUGGAGCUGGACAGCCCUUUUGCAUCGCCGGGGCCAGACCCGCUCCCGUUGAGUAUUCGAACGAUCCUUGCGCGGGCCGACCACGUCCGCUCUCAGAAGACGCUGUUCACUACCGUCGCCUACCUCGCUGGCACGAAAGAGCGAGAAAACAUGCACCGUGAGAUGUUCCGGAUGAUUCUGGGAUCGCUCAAAGACUGGGCUACCGCGACAGGACAGGAUGCUGUUGUAGACGACAUGAUCAAGGCUAUGCAUAAGAAUGAAGACAUUCUCGGGGACACGAUGGACGCCAUCGUCGACCGCGACGAUGGCCCGUAUGAAUGGUCCUCCAACCGCGUCACGCAAAACCCACUGGGCAAUCGGCCCCUGCACAUGCCUCCAGUAAUCCUGCAUUACGGUCUGCCUGACGAACUCCCGGAGCUGACUGAAGAGCCUGGUGAGGACAUUGCAGGUGGCCAGCUCUCGACUGUCGGCCAACUUGACGACGACGGAUACACUCUGCAACUACCUCGACUGGGCUUGAUCCGGCGCUUUCUUCACCGCGUGCAUUCCAUCGGUGCUCGAGCUUACGUUUCGCCGUGGGACCUCGAGCUGGUAGACAUACCACUAGAGGCAUUUGGCCCGCGCAUCGUCCCACAAACCGUCUCACACGCAUGUAAAGCUCCGCAAGACAGCAUUUGCGUCAUCUGUCUCGACAGCUAUGCUCACGAAGAGUCUGUCUCAAAGAAACCAACAAACAACAAGCAGAUCAAGCAAGAACAUCAAGCGCUCGUCGUGCAGUUGCGACAUCGAGUGGUUGGCAUCCGUCGGUCCCAGAAGGCUAACAAGGAGAGCACGCAGCCCAUGCAGCUGAACUCUUGCAGCCACGUCUUCCACCUUGCAUGCCUGGAUGAGCUCCUGAACCAGGCGUAUCCGACGUCAGGCGUGGUGCAGUGUCCGUGCUGUCGGGCGGCGAUUUGUACGGCGCGGCCAACGCGAGUUGCGCGUGGUUGGGUGGGCCGCAUACCUUUGAUCGGGCGUUUUGCUCGGGGUUGA